GCGAAGCACCUUCCCGGAGUCGGAAACAGAUAGCCGACCGGCGGCUGCUCCGGCGACCUUGUCCUCAUGUACGCGGCCGCGCGCCGCCUCCUCUCCACCCGCGCCUGCUCCGCCGCGCGCGUGUCCCCCGUGCCCUCGCGCGCGCCCUCCUGCUACUCCGCGGCGCAGUCCAAGUCGCCGCCGCCGCCGCGGUUCCCUACGCCCAAGGAGAUCCGGCGGGGCCUGGACCAGUACGUCGUCGGCCAAGACAAGGCCAAAAAGGUGCUCUGCGUUGCCGUGCACAACCACUACAAGAGGAUAUACAGCGAGCCCUCCAACAAGAGCUCUUCGCAAGCCUCGGCGGGUCGUGAUGCUGGUACGGCCGCCGAGGAUGACACCGAGCUCGAAAAGAGUAACAUCCUUCUGCUUGGGCCAACUGGAUCAGGUAAAACACUUCUAGCGAAAACGCUGGCUCGCUUUGCGAAUGUGCCCUUCGUGAUUGCUGAUGCAACAGCAGUCACACAGGCUGGGUACUCGGGGGAAGACGUGGAAUCAAUCGUCUACAAACUUCUAGUGGCUGCUGACUUCAAUGUCGAAGCUGCAGAGCGUGGCAUUAUCUACAUCGAUGAAGUUGAUAAGCUUGCAAAGAAGGUUGGUUGCCAGGAGGACCGGAGGGAUGUCUCUGGAGAGGGUGUCCAGCAAGCACUCUUAAAGAUGUUUGAAGGAACGGUGAUCAGUGUGCCAAGGAAAAGAAGUCAAAAUGGCCUGUCUCAUGGUUGUGUCGAGGUUGAUACAACAAACAUACUCUUCAUUUGUGGAGGUGCCUUCUCAGACUUGGGAAAGAUUAUCUCAGAAAGACUUCACCACUGUCCUUUUGGUUUCGGAACACCAAUACGUCAUGAAUUGAGGGAUUAUGCUUUGAUGAAUGAACAAUCAAGCUUGUUUGAAGAGAUCGAGAAUGAUGAUCUGAUUGCCUAUGGCCUGACACCAGAAUUUAUUGGGAGGUUGCCAAUAAUAGUUGGCUUGACUCAUCUCACUGAAGAUCAACUGAUUCAGGUUAUCAGAGAGCCCAAGAACGCAAUAGCCAAGCAAUACAAGAAGUUGUUCAAGAUGAAUGAUGUAAAAUUGCAUAUUACUGAAAACGCUUUGAGGCUAAUAGCAAAGAAAGCAUCUGUGAGAGAAACCGGGGCGAGAGGUCUACGAUCUAUUUUGGAGGGCAUUUUAACAGAAGCCAUGUUUGAGAUCCCCGAUGACGGAGGAGAGGGGCAAGAGAAGAUAAUUGUUGUUCUUGUUGAUGAAGAAUCUGUAGGGACACCGACCCUUCAAGGCUGCGGAGCCAAGAUUUUCCGAGACAAUGGAGCCCUAGAACUAUAUGUUUACCAAAACAAUAUCAGGGUUCCUGGGCUGAUUCAGAGGCCAAAAUGCAGCAUCAUUUGCCGGCUGUGCCUUCUGGUAGCCUUUUCAGCAGCUAAACUAUGGGUUUAUCAUACGUUUGAUUGUUUCUCCUCAAUAUACGCGUGGAUUGUGUUGAUACUGUGUAAGGCAAACAUUAUCACAGAAUGAAAUACAGUACGAUUUCAGAUA